CCCAGGUCCUGUUACGGAGCGGUGUCUGUAUUGGAAUUAGCCUUAUCGAUCAGACUGAUAACAGAGACCUAUAUAAGGCAGAGCGUCGGCUUCGCGUUUCCUAGCACCUUUCCUGAAGAAAAUAGCUCCCGAAGCACCAAGCUGCCUCCACCCCUUCUCCCUCUCUCCGUGGGAACCUUUGCCUCUCCGUCUCUGCACUGCUGUAUUUGCCUGGAAGGGAGCCCUCUCGCCACUGGCCGAGAUGUGGCAGAAGCUGCGCGAAGCCCGCACGCCUCUGGCUCUGAUGGGACUUUGCUUUGCAAUGGUCGCCAGAUCUGCGCCUCUCAGUGAUGCUGGACCACAUGUCAACUAUGGCUGGGGGGAGCCUGUAAGGUUAAGGCACCUCUACACCGCCAGCAGGCACGGGCUGCUCAGUUUGUUCCUGAGGAUCAACGGCGACGGCCGCGUGGACGGCACCGGCGCGCAGAAUCUGCACAGUUUGCUAGAGAUCAGAGCCGUGUCACUUCGCACGGUGGCGAUCAAGGGUGUGCACAGCUCUCGCUACCUUUGCAUGGAAGAGGAAGGGAGGCUGCACGGACUCCUCAGAUAUUCUACAGAGGAUUGUUCUUUUGAAGAGGAGAUGCGUCCAGAUGGCUACAAUGUCUACAAGUCAAAGAAAUAUGGUGUUUCGGUCUCUUUAAGUAGUGCUAAACAAAGACAACAAUUCAAAGGGAAAGAUUUUCUUCCAUUAUCUCAUUUCUUGCCUAUGAUCAACACUGUCCCAGUGGAGUCUACAGAUUUUGGAGAAUAUGGUGAUGUUAGACAACCUCUUGAAUCUGAUAUUUUCAAUCCACCUGUUGAAACUGAUAGCACGGACCCCUUUCGCAUGACUUCAGAUGUAUCGUCAGUGCGAAGUCCUAGCUUUGGGAAGUAACCAGGGUUACUUUGCCUUUGUUUUCUCAAAAAAAACUCAAUAGUCUAUAAUAGUGUAUUUAGAAGUAAUAGUUUAAAAAAUGGGAACAUCUUUCAAUAUGGUGUUGCCAAUGGACAAUUACUUUAAAUUACAAACACCAGGAAAGCUGUGUUCACAAAUACUCCCUAACGAUUUAGCAAAAAAAAAUUUUUUUUUAAUCAGGAAAAACCCUACAGUGGUAUUUUUAAAACCUCCUUCUAAGAAAAGCUCUAAAUCAGGAAUGACAAAUAUGCACAUUGUGCAGGAAUUUCUUCUGCCUUGGAGGGUGUUUGGAAGGAUAAGAUCAUGAAUAUUUUACUUUACUACUUCAUUAUUCUUUCAUUCACCUGUUGAGUCCUAGCGUCAAUAGCACCAAGUGAAAGAUAAGUUACUUUCUUCAAGGUGCUUAAAAUUCAUCAGUGUGUAAGAAAUAAAACUGAUGCAACCAACUAAGCAAACACACAAUUCCCUAUCUUCAGACAUUACAUAACUUAAUUUCAUAAAUCCUUGGAAAUGUUUUGAGGAAAAUUAACUAAGAAAGUCAAUUUCUAUCCUGAGUUUUCCUGAUACAGAGGUUAAUGUUGGCCACUUGGUCCUAGUGAAGGAGAUAAAUUUGUUUUUAAGUGAUCCAAUGUCUGUUGCUAAAAAAUUAACCAGCUUUUCAGUUUUCACAUGGUUCUUCAACAAGGAAAACAGAUAGUAACUUUUAUUCCUUUAUACUGAAAAGACUAAUUGACAGUGCUAUUCCAAGCAGUUCUGCUCAGAAUCCUACUCAGGUCUAUCUAAUGGGUCUUUCUCCAAAAGGAUUGUACUGUUACAGGUGCAAAUGUCUGAAGUGCUAAAUUUCUGGAAGAGUAUUGUUAGGGAUCUAUCUGGGAUUACCAAAUACAGAUGAUCAUGUGACCAAUUAUAUUUUAAUCUACUCAGAGAAAGAAAAAGAAGAGGUAUUUUGUGGCUGAUCAAGGCCGCAUUGUUAGUGCCAUGAACAUGACCAGUUGAAUAAUGGGGCAAACUGCUUGAGUCUUGCCUUUGAACUGUUAGAAUAAAAGGUUGGCCUUGCUGACAAAUUUUUUAAUCCGGUUGCUUUGACUGCCAUUGAAUAAUACAAUAUAAUUAGCAAUAUUUUGUAAAAUAUUUUGUAUAUAAACACUUUUAAAGUAGCUUAACGAAAAGUCAGAAAAGUCAUCUUCCAAAGCGGUUGCCACCUUGCCUAGAGAAAAAAUAGAGUCCCUUUAGUAAAGGCUUGAUUAGUAGAAAGGGGCAGUUGAAGCAUUCAUGGUAUGAAGGUAAAUAAUGUCACCUGGUUAGUAGCAUCCUAGUAAGCCUCUCUGAAAGGGACUUUCCCCCCAGGCAGUUAGUAACCCUAAUCUUGAGACACUACACAUUUUCCCAAAUAUUUUUGUACAAAGUAGUAUUGUUAUGUACAGAAAACAAAAGAAAAAUAUAUUAUUUUCUCGACUCAGCACUUCGUUGUCAAUGCUAUAUUUAUAAGUAAUUUAUUAAACACAUACAUCUGUUUAUUUUGUUAUUGUAUUUAUACUCAAAUUUAUAUUUAUGUAUUCCCAUGUGAUCUUUUUUUUAAAAAAAACAAGUCUGUACAAAGGUAGUAAUUUUUGUAAUCUCAAUAAUGGUUGGUAGAAAUUUAACUAAUUUUUGCAUAUCAAAUAGCUGUAGCUGAAGUGUGACAUUUUAAAUAAAAUACAAUACAGUAAAACAC